ACUGACCUCUAUACUUAGGGCAUGUGACGUCACUAGUGUAGAUUCAUUUGCACCAAUCAGCGCUUGUGUCCUUAGGACACGAGGUGGGACUGGGACAUAUCAAUUGAGCGGGCACUAAAAAUAGGUAUUUUACACCUGAAAUGGCUAAAGAUGAAGUUGAAGAUGUUCUUCCUGACAAGGAUGCAGCGAAGGGAUUUUAUGCUAAAUACGAGCCGAAAGAAAUACUUGGCAGAGGCAUUAGCUCAACUGUACGUCGUUGCAUUGAAAAAGAGACUGGAAUUGAGUUUGCAGCCAAAAUAAUUGAUUUGAGUAAUGAUACACAUGAUGCUGAUAAAAAGACAAUGCUAGAAGCUACUUUAGAGGAAAUUAAUAUUUUACGCAUGGUUGCAGGGCAUCAGUACAUUAUUGAGCUUCAUGAUGUUUUCGAAUCAAACACUUUCAUCUUUUUGGUGUUUGAGUUAUGCAAGAAUGGAGAAUUGUUUGAUUAUCUAACAUCGGUUGUUGCACUCUCUGAAAAAAAGACCAGGUAUAUAAUGAGGCAGUUAUUUGAAGCUUUGGAUCAUGUUCAUUCACACAACAUAGUUCACAGGGACUUGAAGCCAGAAAAUAUACUCUUGGAUGAUAACUUCAAUAUAAAAUUAACAGAUUUUGGAUUUGCCAAAUUGCUGCAACCUGGAGAACAAUUGUUUGAUUUGUGUGGUACUCCUGGCUACCUUGCACCAGAAGUACUUCGUUGCAACAUGUAUGAGGGGGUUGAAGGCUAUGGUCAUGAGAUUGAUUUGUGGGCAUGUGGUGUAAUAAUGUUCACAUUACUAGUAGGUUGUCCACCGUUUUGGCACCGUAAGCAAAUGGUUAUGUUACGUAAUAUCAUGGAAGGAAAUUAUUCAUUUGCAUCGCCAGAGUGGACAGAUAUAACGGAUGCACCAAAAGACUUGAUUCGUAAGCUGCUGGUUGUUGACCCAAAAAAAAGACUAACAAUCAGAGAAGCGCUCUCUCAUCCAUUCUUUAAACUUAUGGAAUCAAAAGAACGGACUUUCAAUGCAAAGAAAAUGUUCCAGUUUGCUAUUGUUUGUGUGCGCGCGAUGGUACGCAUUCGUAGACUACGCUUCACUCCUGAGCCUUUGUCUGUUCAUGUGGCACGAAUAGACCCAUAUCGCAUCAAAGUGUUGCGCAAGGUGAUAGAUGCAUGUGCAUUCCGUGUUUAUGGACAUUGGGUGAAGAAAGGGGAAGGCCAAAAUCGUGCUGCCCUUUUUGAAAAUAUGCCUAAAACAGAAUUAAAGCAUAUUUAUGUAAAUAAAUUGAGUCGCUAAAAGGUACCUUUUUUUCACUUGUCGACAAUCCUUUGGUGCCAAUGAGUUUUUCAAGUUGUGGUUUCAACUUACUGAGUUGGUUUACAACACAGUGCACCUGGACUGCAAAAAUAGCACAAUGUUGAAUGUCCCCCGUAUCCACCGGCUGGAAGAUUCAGUGGAGUGGCAGUGUAGUGCAGUGGAUAAAAUGCAGUACUAUUAAGAAUCAGGUUAGCCAUGUGGGCAAAGUGCAUUGAAGUUCUCAAGGUGUUCUAUUAAAUCACAGUUCAAAGGAAA